AUGGGAAAAUUGGUGAAACUGCUGGGUUCGGGCAUUGGACUGACGUCUGAAGCCAUCCACGCUGCUCGAUCGCGAUCCCGGUCGCGUUGCGACCAGCCAUCUUCUUCGGCGGGUCCCACCAACAGCGCUCCACCAGAGUAUGUCGAGGUUGCUGAUGAUACGGCCGAGGGGCUUAUUCGCAGUGGACAAGCUGAGCGGGUGGUCAAUACUGGGGAUGAGAAGCCCCUGUCAAAGGCUACCGAAGCGGGCUAUGACCCCGAUGGCGAUAGCUCGGAAUCCGAGGAUCUCGAGGCUCUUGGUCAGGAUGAGGCCGCCUGGGAACUGGAUGACAUGGCCGAGCGUAUGAGGCUGCCUACAUACGAUGAAUCCGAAGCUGCCGCGGCCGCAGAGCCAGAGGAUGUGAAAGUGAAGAAGGAAGAGGAGAUGGUGCGUGACCUUGUUCGAAGAGCGGGCUCCCCACCACAUCCACCUCAGCGUAUCCCUUGCCCCGUUAUUAUACCCCAGCGUCGACCGAGAAACAAAGAUCGCGGCUUCGUGCGUGCAUAUGCUCCUGUACUGGGCGAUUGUGGUAUUAGCCAGGAGGUUUUCUUGCAGUUCCUGGAAGACUGGGACAAGGCUAGCAAGGCCUCUCCCUGGAUUGAUGUCGUAUUUCUGGCCGCUGGAAUUGUUGGUUUUGUGCCCGAUGUCGCAGCGCAAGUUGUAGGCACCGUGGUGCAGGUAGUGGCAGGAACAGCACGGGAGUUGCAGUCGCGAUCUCGCCGCAACACCUUCCUAGACCGUGUCAAUGAAGACCUGCUCAUGCCUCGUGGGUUGUAUGCCAUGAUCAUGGCAUUCAAAGACGAAAUUCCUGGUCAACAGAGUGGCCCCUUAUACCGUCUGUCCAGCUCGAUUGGGAAAACGCUAUUCGUAAGCGAGAAACUUGACAUCAACCAGACGGUCGCCAAGUAUACCAACCCCGAGCCGGAGAUGUCUAAACUAAAGAAGGGCUUGAAGGAUAUUCGACUGACCAGUGGUCAAACCCGUGGUCAAAUUGAGCUCCCCGAAGCUGCAGAGCUCGUAUUUCCCGAUCUUGAUCGAGUCGCAGAAGAAGCAUUAGAAGGUGAUGGCAAAGGCAAGGAGCCAGGAACUCGCGACAAGUUCAAGAAUGCUGGUGCUUGGGUCCAAGACUACCUCGACCGACGUGGUCAAGCUUUCUACGAAGUUGAACACCAAGGAUCCUCCUUGGCCGUCCCAUCAUCAGACAGGAAAUCGAUGACCUCGCGCUACAAUGACCCAAACCAUCCCGCGAAUAGCGGUUCCUUGAUCUCGCUCCUCACUGGCGGUGCUGUCAACCCGGCAGCACGACGACAAGCCAAGCGCGAGGCCAGGCAAGAGCGUAGGCAAGUCAAGCGUGAAUAUAAGGAUUCUAGACGUGUGGCUCACGGUCGCGCCCCUCGUGGCCCUAGAAGAGUCAAGCGAAAGGCCCAGCGGAAGACGAUCAUCAAGAAGCUUAUGCAAAAGGAUGUGCUGUAUCUUCUGGUUGUCAAUCUUCCUAGCCAGGAAGAGGUUCAGGAGUCUGUUACACAGCUUGAACAAGUGAUGGCCCAGACUGGAGGACACUAA